AUGAUGCCUGCAGCCACGAUGCAUGAGAAAAUUCAAAGGAGUUCGGCUGCUGGUCAGCCUGCUCCUUCGCACUCUCAGCCUCCUGUAUAUCAUUCUAAUACUGCACCUAAACGCACUCUCUCAUCUAAACCUCACCUUGCUAGGAACAGUAAGCUCACACUAUAUUCCUUCCCAGACUCUUCGGACCGCCCACAACACCCGUCGCUCUCUCGCGUCAAGGGCCGAAAUAAUAUGUUUACUCCACCUCCAAUGAGCGCUGAGGGCUCGUGGCUGAGAGAUCAGUCACCAGCUCACCCUGGAACCAGGACCCCAAACCGCUCCCAAGACACACCAGAACCAGACACGCCUUCAUUAGUCAAUCCAUCAUCUGCUCUACUGCAGGACCUCCUCAAGGAGCAACGCGCACACCGGGGAUCGCGAGGCAAUAUCUCGGAGGAUUUGGAACAUAGUGCUCCCCGAACACCUGAGACUGUUCGACUUCAUGACGAUACUGCAUCAGAAAAGGCACGCAAAAUUAACGACGCUCUCUCUGCGGGCCAGAGGAAGCCAAAAGAAAUGGGGAUGCGCGAGAUGGAUACUUACGUUUCGAAAAUGAAUAAGCUCAACUUUGAUUUGAAGCUUGAGGUCUUUCACCGCACGCAGCAGAUGAAGAUCCUCGAACAGAAGUUGGAGCGGAUGGCAGAGAUGGAAGAACAACUUACUCAUAUGGACCAGUUGGAGGCAGAAGUGCAAGAGCUGCGGACUGUGGCACAGGAGAAUCAAAUGCUACGCGAAAAGAACAAGCAACUCAGUGAAGAUUUCAAAAACCGAGAUCAGGCAGUUGUCGAAGCAGUUGACCUCAUUUGUCAGUUGGAAACCAAAAUCGAUGUGCUGGAGAAUGGCGGGCGAACUUCGAAGAUGUCCAUGUCGCGCCCAAGGACUGCAGAUGGCUCCGAUGUGCUGACGCCAAAAGCCCGCACAAUGGUCGAGAUUCCAGAGAGAACGUCGUCCAGACGAAGUUCGAGAUCAUCCAGUGUUAUGAACGUGGCCCGCCGCCAGACAUCAUCCGAACUACGGAAACUCUCGAAGGCGCCGUCAUUUUUGCGACUUGACGACAAGAGUACUGCAACCCUGCGAGGCCUAUAUGAGCCACACAAAGAAUCGCGCACCGAGACGACUGGACUUGCAAAGUCGGAAAGUUUCCAUACUAUGACCGAAACCAUGGAGCCGGAAUCUCCCAGACUGAGCGUUCUGAGCGAAUGCAGUGAGCUGAAUACUUUCGACACGCCUACAAGGUGGGACGAGCUUGACCAUAUUGAUAUUCCCGUCCGGAAGGCAUCAUCAACCACGGGCAGUAUAGAUAGCUAUGUUCGACCCUUCCAGCGGGAGGAGAGCAAAGAAGAUCAGAUCGACCGGUGGAUGCAGUCCAGAGAGGAUAUGAAUGACACUAUCAUUACCAGGCGGAGGAACCGAGCAUAUUCCGAUGCCUCCAAAGCUGGCAUUCCAAGUCUUGUGGCCGAUCUCUACUCUCAAAAGCCUCGUGGACGUGGGCGCUUGGAUGGAUCACUCUUCGAAGGAAUAGCCUUACCUCCCACACCCGACACAAUGAGCACAGCAUGUGUCAUGGGAACCAAUCGUUCAAAUGGCUCUAAUGGUUCAAAUGGAAGCAUUGCAGGUCGAAAGAGCUUCCGCAAUGACCAUGACCCGUUCUUCACUGCCCAGCCAAUCAACCGACCCCACUCAGCUGAGGAGAUGGCAAACCGUUGCAGCUUCAAUAGCGAGGUCACAGACAGCAUGCAGGCCAAUUUUGGUGACACCACGGGGUCAGGAGGUGCGGUCGAGUCCCACACCAUCUUGCCCUCAUAUACCAAUGUUUCCUCCAAGGCCAGCGAGCUCCUCGGCCCUGGAAGCCCUAAUAAUCCUGCUAUCGCAACUUUCGGAGACAUCCACCAUGUUACUGCAAACCAUGUGUCCACUCCGACGAUUCAUCGCGUCCGCAAUGUACCAAAAGCUAUGACCCCAGAACCGCAGUGCAAUGAGAGUGACGGAUCACCGCCGCUUACACCCCAGGACUGGAUUGCUGCUGCAAACCAAGGCCCUCGGUCUCGGAAAGAAAAGGCUCGUGUGACUAGUCCCGAGCUCCAGCAGAGUGAUAUGUCUCCACGAAAGGCCUUCCGCCCAGUCGUUUUCGACGAUGACGGCAGCGUCGCCUCAGAUCCAAUCGAGGCAGAUUCUCCUCGAAUCCCAACGCUUGACAUGACCACACUCGACAUAUUGGAACAGCCACUCGAAGUACCCCAAGGAAGCCCUCAACCAGAAGCCGACCCAGAACGUCGCCGGCGCCUCAGCUUCCGGCCCCCCUUCUUUAGCCGAUCCACCAACCACCCCCGCCCUCUACAGGCUUCUCCGAUCCUUAAUGAUUUUGAAGACGAUGAAGACGGUGCCCCAUCCCCUAUAAUUCCUAAGACCCGAACCAUGGGAGGCAGUGGUCGUAGACCUGCCUCUCAAAUCUACAGCAACCCAAACGAGUUGUACUCCAGCCUCCAAAUCUUUAGCGAAGAGCCAACCAGCUUCCCAAGAUGCCUCCCACAGUCCUCCACAGAACCAAGAAUGGCAGAUCUUGGCACCCCAGCAGCCGACUCUGGUCGCCCCUCUACCUCGCACGGCCCUGAGCACAAGCGUCGAAGCUCUCUCGGUAUCAUCGGCUGGAUGAAAGGCAAAAUCUCUGAUUCUGCCGACAAGCCUGAGUCUGCAAAGGAGCCUCGCACCCCCUCACGUCUGGCAUCAGAGGCCUCUAACGGGGUUGGAAUAAUCCAUCCCGAGACAUCGGAGUCAUUCGAGGUGCCUGCUGCCAGACCUCGCUCGGAAGUCAUAACUCAUGAUGAUCUAGCCCGGCGGCCUAGGUAUAUGGGUCGCCGUGCGCGCCGGGGAUGA